ACAUUCCACCUAUACCCCUUUUCUGCUAUCACCGCGCCUACUACAUUGGCGACGGCGAACGAAGCCACCACCCCGGCGAGAAUAAGCCGCUUCGCCGCUUCGCCGCAGCCGAGGGCGAGGAGGCGGGGCCCGCCGUUCAACAUGGCGUCGUUGUCCUCGCCGUGGGUUGAAUGGGCCGGGGAGUACACCAAGGCGGCGCAAGCGGAGGCGCUCCCGCCGAAUGAGUGGGCGGCGCGGGUGGCCACAGCGGCGGCAGCCGCGGGGGAAAGAGGGGACUUACAGUUUUCGGCGGGGCUGGCCGAAAUGCUGGCGCGCGUGGUCCUCUCUGGGGAAAGCAGCGGCGCCGCCCCCGCCGCGGCGUGGAAGUACGCCGAGGCUGCCCUCGCCGCGCGCCUCGCGUCACCGGCGCUCCUCCUCACGCUCCUCUCCUCAAGGGUCAUUCCUCGACGGGUGGCAAGGCCAACAGCGUAUCGACUUUAUUUGGAGCUCUUGCGGAGACAUGGAUUCAAAUUAUGUUUUCAGAUGAAAGCGGCAAAUUCCAACAAGAUCAGGCAGUUAAUAGAUGAUAACCUUAACCUCUCCAAGAUAUUUGGCUUUUCAGCAUGUGAACCAGGAGUCUUUAUUGUUGAAUUUGUCCUUUGCAUUUUAUGGCAAUUGGUUGAUACCGCAUUAGAUGAUGAGAGUCUGCUAGAGUUAACCCCAGAAAAGAAAGCUCAAUGGCCAACUAGGCCUCAAGAUAUUAGUGCAUUUGAAGUUUCUUUUUUGGAACAAAAGCCAGAGAAAAUUGAGAAAUUACAGAGGAUGAAUAGUGUGAUAACUAUAGAGCUUAUUGGACAUCUUCUUCACGAUAAAGUAAUUACUCGCAUCCUCUCAUUGGCACGCGAAAACAUGAAAACUCAGUGGGGACUAUUCACUUAUCGGUUACGAUUGCUUGUGGCAAACUCAUCCACCUUACAAGCUUCGACGAUGUCCUUGGUAACAUUUCAGCAGUUGAUUCUAGAUGACCACAAUGUCCAUGGCGAAAAUAAACAUAGUUUGCACAAAAAAUUCCACCCCAUGGUGGCUUCUAACCCUCUAUCUUCUCCAAAUGGACAUUGCCAUGGUGGUAGUUAUUCUGCACUAUGGACUCCUAUCGAUAUGUAUCUUGAGGAUUGCCUUGAUGGCUCAAUUGCUGCCACAAAUUCCAUUGAGAUUUUAAGUGGUUUGGUCAAGGCACUUCAAGCAGUCAAUAGAUCCAGCUGGCAUGAUGCAUUCAUGGCCCUUUGGAUAGCAUCAGUUCGCCUUGUACAAAGGGAACGAGAACCGAUUGAAGGUCCUGUGCCUCACCUUGAAACACGACUAUGCAUGCUUUUGUCUAUUGCAACACUUGCAGUUGCUGACAUAAUUGAGGAAGCAGAUUCACGUUGUGGUGAAAUUGACCUCAGCAGUCACUGGAAACAAGAAACAGCAACUGAUGAUCUGCGUAAGGAAUUGAUGUUAAGCUUACAGGCUCUUGGUGAUUACGAAAGUCUGCUUGUUCCUCCUCCAUGUAUCAUCUCGGCAGCUAAUCAGGCUGCUUCCAAAGCUGCAAUGCUUGUUUCAGGAAUUAACAGUAGCAGCGGCUACAUGGAAAGUAUCAAUGAAACUGGAAACAUGAGGCACUUGAUUGUGGAGUCAUGUAUCUCAAGAAACUUAUUGGAUACGUCAGCUUACUAUUGGCCUGGUUAUAUUAAUGGUCAUGUCAACUCCAUGUCUCAUGCAAUUCCUAGCCAACUUGCUGGGUGGGCGGCCUUCAUGAAGGGUACACCAUUAACUCAGUCACUGGUUAGUGUGUUGGUCUCAAGUCCUGCUUCAAGCUUAGCAGAGCUCGAAAAGUUAUUUGAAGUUGCAGUCAACGGAUCAGAUGAUGAUAAGGUGUCUGCUGCUACUGUUCUCUGUGGAGCAACCUUGUUACGAGGUUGGAAUUUUCAGGAGCAUACAGUUCGCUUAGUCGUUAAACUGCUCUCACAUUCUGAUCCUUCUGAUUAUUCUGGUAGAGAGAGCCAGUUAAUAAAGCAUGGUCCAAUGCUUAAUGUUAUUCUAACUGGAAUAUCACCCGUAGACUAUGCUCCAAUCUUCUCAUUCCAUGGUUUGGUUCCAGAACUGGCUACUGUGCUCAUGGCGAUAUGUGAAGUUUUUGGGUGUCUUUCCCCAAGUGUUUCAUGGACGGUGGGAGCAGGGGAGGAAAUAUCUGCUCACACGGUCUUCUCAAAUGCGUUCAUUCUUCUGUUAAGACUAUGGAAGUUUAAUCAUCCACCAGUUGAAUAUUGUAUAAUGGGAGAUGGUGCUCCAGUUGGCUCACAACUAACUCCUGAGUAUCUUCUGUUAUUGAGGAACUCCCAAGUUCUUUGUGCCAACAGUUCAUCCAAAAGUAGAAGCAGCCAGAAGCAAUUACCUGUUACUUCAAGUCGAUCAUCUCAGAACCCUAUUUUUAUGGAUUCUUUUCCGAAGUUGAAAUUGUGGUACCGACAGCACCAAGCUUGUCUGGCCUCGCCUCUCUCUGGACUUGCUCAUGGAACACCUGUACAUAACAUUGUAGACAGCCUUCUCAACUUGAUGUUCAGAAAGGCCAACAAAGGAAGUACAUCUAUUGGCUCUGUAUCCGGGAGUAGCAGCAUAAGUAACUCCUCUGGUCCUGGUGAUGACGGUUCACAUCUUUGGCCUCAGUUACCUGCUUGGGAAAUACUAGAAGCUGUUCCAUUUGUGGUUGAUGCUGCUCUAACUGCUUGCUCCCAUGGAAGACUAUUUCCGCGUGAACUGGCUACAGGUCUCAAAGAUCUAGCUGAUUUUCUGCCUGCAUCUACUGCAACAAUCGUAAGCUACUUUUCAGCUGAAGUGACACGUGGUGUUUGGAAACCUGCAUUCAUGAAUGGAACAGAUUGGCCUAGCCCGGCUGCCAAUUUAUCCAUGGUUGAAGAACAUAUCAAGAAAAUUGUAGCUGCUACUGGCGUUGAUGUUCCAAGACUUGCCACAGGAGGAACUACUUUGGGUAGACUUCCAUUGCCACUGGCUGCUUUUGUGAGCCUCACCAUCACAUACAAGCUUGACAAGGCAUCCGAACGUUUCCUUAACCUAGCUGGUCCAGCUUUAGAGAAUCUUGCUGCUAGUUGCCCUUGGCCAAGCAUGGCAAUUGUCGCAGCACUGUGGACUCAAAAGGUCAAGCGAUGGAGUGAUUUUCUAGUCUUUUCAGCAUCACGCACGGUCUUCCACCAUAACAAUGAUGCAGUUGUCCAGCUCCUCCGAAGCUGCUUCACUUCUAUUCUUGGCAUGUCGUCAACAUCAUUAUGCUGUUGCGGAGGUGUUGCUAGCCUUCUGGGUCACGGGUUUGGCUCUCAUUGCUCCGGUGGUCUCUCACCAGUUGCACCAGGAAUUCUCUACCUCCGGAUAUUCCGGUGCAUCAAGGACUGCUCUAUACUUGCAGAAGAUAUACUUUCCCUGCUGAUGCUUUCGGUGAAAGACAUAGCUGAGACAACAGUGUCCAGGCAUGGAUCGGACAAGCUAAAGAGGACCAAGUAUGCAAUGGGACAUGGAAAGAUCUCUCUUGCUACUGCAAUGACACAAGUUAAGGUGGCGGCAUCACUUGGAGCAACACUCGUGUGGUUAUCAGGCGGUACUACCCUUGUCCAGUCUCUGUUUCAAGAGAUGUUGCCCUCUUGGUUCCUUUCUGCGCAGGAUCUGGACCGAGGAGGAGCCAGUGGAGGAACGGUAUACAAGUUGGGUGGCCAUGCACUUGCCUACUUUGCAGUGUACUGUGGGAUGUUCGCAUGGGGCAUCGACCCGACACCAGUGUCCCGGCGUCGAGAGAGGGUUAUGCGGUCGCACCUGGAGUUCCUAGCAAGCGCAUUGGACGGAAAGAUCUCUCUAGGCUGCAACAUGUCCCUGUGGCAAGCCUACGUUUCAGGCUUCCUGGAGCUGGUAGUGGACCGCGCCCCCUGCUUGUUGCAUGAGGUCGACCUCAAGGUGCUCAAGAAGCUUAGCAUUGGGCUUCGGCAGUGGAAAGAGAAGGAGCUUGCCGUGGCCAUCCUUUGCAGGGGUGGACCGGAGGCAAUGGGUGUUGCCGCAGAGUUGAUAUUGGAUAGCGAGUGGUGACUGACUCUGAAGUUGCUGGUAAUUCUUCGUCAUCGAUGUUGCUGACUGUACAUAACCAGACGACGAGCGUGUGUAUGCUUGGUUUCUCUGGAAUGCUGUUGGGUGUUCUACUCUUCCUAAUCAAAGCUCCUCUCUAAGGCCCUGUACAAUGGCAGGUGCUUAGACAGGUGGCAGAGAAAAAAAACCCGGUUUUUUUUUCAAGAUUGGACUGCA